AUGGCUUCCUUUAUAUCUCGAAUGGUUAGCAAUCGCGUGCUACAGCUGGAAAAACUCAAUUUAUUGCAAAGUAAACCAUGCCAUAGUCAAUUUCGAACCUUACUCAACAGAGUGAAAAAGGCAAAUUUCAGUAGCCAGGAGACGAUUAGAAAUGCUCACCAUACAUUGAAAGACGUUCUCAAUGAAGUAGACAAGAAAUUAGAGGCAAAUGUGGAAAGCAAGCAUCUCUUUCUUGGAACUUGCAGAUAUUACAAUCAUAAGGUUAAUGAUAGAUUCGUCAUUGUCAACUUGGGUGAUCGUAUAGCCGUAGAGGAUGCCUGGUCUCAACCUCAGUGCCUCAUCGAUACAGCAUUGUCACGAGAUGACAUAGAAGAAUUAAAAAAAUCCAUACCUAAGUUAACUCGUUGUGCAUCAUUUUCUGUUGGUGAAGUAGAUGGCUAUUUUAAUUCCCCUUGGCAAUUUGGCUAUUAUCUACAGCCUAACUUUACUGUAUUUACAACUCUAGGCUUACAGUUUAUGAUGCGAACGAUAGUCAACGAAAAAAUCUUAUUUCUUCAUAAUGGUGCAUGCAAAGGCCAGAGUAUCAAUUUGGCCCAUGUGGACAGUGUUAGGGUUGAGGUAUCAGAUGAUCCAUGGAGUUCGCGGAACCUAAUUUUGAAAAUGAAAGAUUCUGAUGAAUUGAAAGAUAUCAUUGAGGACAGUAGGAUUAAUUUGGAUGCAGAAAGUAAACGUGAUCUAGCUAGUUUAAUGAUAGAAACAGAAUGGUUGGUGACUGUAGCUGCGUAUCUUAGUAUUGCAGCUACUACAGCUGCUAAUAGAAAAGUGCCAUUGCAGUUAGCCGAUGUUUUAACAACCCGUGGUAACCCUUGGGUGGAAAUGAGAAAUUCUGCUUGGAUUAAAGAUUCUAAUGCAGCUUGA